GAGACCGUUGCAAGAACCUUCGCGACUAAUAGCGAGACCCAUGGUUUCCGCUAUGUCUAUAUCCCCAGCAAGUUCCGGAUGAAGACUAAGGAGCUUCGCAGUCGCCUUCGCAUUCUUGGAUUUAAUAAUUCACGCAUUCUGGAUGUUCACUACCCCGAUCGCCAAAUUGUUGCCCUGCUGAUCCAUAAUGACUAUUAUGAUGAACUUACUACCCUCCUUGCCAAACACACCAUUCAGCAGAUCAAAGAUUUCAACCCACGCGACCCUAUGCGUUUGCGCGAUCCUAAAUUCGAAACCUUGGCUGCCAAGGAUCGUCAACAACAGGCUGAUCAACUCCAUGUCGAACGACUUGAGCGUGCCAUUAAUUUCAUCCGUGCACCUGUCAAAUUUGCAGUCGCCCGGUCUUUCCAUCAACAACAGUGGCUCUCCGAUUCCCACCUCCAGUCCAUUCUUUCCCGCACUGAACUCACCACCACCCCACCUGACAAUCCUUUUCUCACAAAUGAUGAUGACACUAACGUC